AAAUUAAUGACUGACCAAGAAAAGAGUUGUGAUGUCAAACUAAUCUCUGAUGUUUAAAAAAAUGUUUAAAAACAAAAGACUGGAUUAAAGUAGAUAAAUCUUGAUAAUCUGGUGUACAAUAAGCGAGAGAGAAAGUAAACUGGCACACAAGGUUUAAACUUUACUUAUUCUUAGCACUUUAACCUAUGCCUCUAGUUGUUCAACACAAAAUCACUCAUCAUAAGUAAGGUCGCAAAAAGAAGAAUACUGAAAUACAGACCCCGCCAAGAGAAGAGGUAUAACAAAACUAAGAACCUACUUUAAUCAAAUAAUUACCAAUAUCCUGUGAAUAAUUGGUCUUCGAAUCUGAUAACUCUUCUGAAUUUGAUCCUAAAAUCAAACCUAAGAAAACCAAAAAGUUUAGAAGGACUCAUAAACGUAUAGACUUAGAGGACUCUUCUGAUGAAGCUGAAUACAAAUCUAAGCUUAUUCUUAGAAGAGUUAAUAAGAUCUUUAAAAAGUCUUAUGAAUAAAAAUAAAUCCUAACUUCAGGCAGUGAAUAAGAAAAUUUAGUCAAAGAACUAUUCAAAAACAUAUAUGUCAAGAUAUUUCAAGGUACAAUCUAAAAAUUAUAUAAGAUAUUCCUGUUACUGCUGCUGAAUUAAAAUAACUCACUUAACCUGAAUGUUCAACAGGUUAAGAAUGUGAUGGUAAGUAAUUGGAAGAAGAACCAAAAUAAGAAGAUGAACCUUUAAGAAUUUUAACAGAAGAUGGUACAGAAUUUGAAACUAAACGUAAUUUGAAACUCCUAGGAAUUGAAAAUUAAGAAAUAUUAUCAAAAUUAGGAGAAAUUAAAUCAUACAUUAAUUGUGAUAUAAGAUAUUUUAAUAUUGACUUUCUAGUUGAAAAAGUAGGUGGAUUUGAUGGUAUUCUAUAUUAAUAUAAUUAUAUUUUAGUUGUUUUAAUGGAUCCACCUUGGAGAAUUAAAGGAGGAUAAUAGAAUGAUUCUUCAUUCAUGUUUACCAAUAGUAAAUUUUCUUUAGAUUAUAAUACUAUGAGCAAUCAAGAAAUAAUGGAUAUAAAAAUAGAGAAAUUGAGUAAGAAAGGAUUUCUAUUUCUUUGGAUCCUUAACACUCAACUAAAUAUUGCUUAUGAAAUGGCUAGUAAAUGGGGAUAUGAAAUAGUUGAUCAAAUUAUUUGGGUGAAAUUGAAUCCAUAAGGCAAUAAUGUUUAUCUUUCUACAGGAUAUUACUUUAUGCACUCAUUUGAAAUUUGUCUAGUUGGGUAAUAUAAAUUCAAUUACAUUAGUUAUAAAUGUCCUCCAGGUGAACAUGUUGAAUAUCAUUCAAAAAUAUCUAAUAAUAUCAUAUUUAGUCCUGUUAGAAAUAAAUCUUAGAAACCAAUUGAAUUAUAUGAAAUCAUUGAAUUAAUGAUGCCAGGUGCUAAGAAAGUAGAAAUAUUUGCAAGAAAUAAUAAUCUUAGACAUGGAUGGUUUUCUGUUGGAAAUUAACUUGGAGAAACUUUUUAAAAAUGGUUAGUUUAAAUAAGUUGUAAUGUUUGUAGUAUAUCAUUAUAACCUGGAAUUUGUAGAUACAAAUCUAAAAAAAUUGCUAAUUUUGAUAUCUGUUCAAAUUGUUACAAUAAAAAAAUUAAGUAUAAAUUAUAAAAUCUAAUUUAGUGAUGGAGAAUUAACUGAAAAUGAAAUGUUUUUUUUGGCUAAUAAAGCAGAUGAAGAAGUUUUACAUUAAUAUCAUCAAUGUAAUGGUUGUGAUUAAAAUCCAAUAUGGGGAGCUAGAUUUGAAUGCAUUACUUGUGAUAAUUAUGAUUUCUGUGAAGCUUGUUUUGAUAAUCUAUUAAUUACAGGUGAUCCUAUUCAUAAAGAUCAUGAAUUCAAAGUUAUAGAAUUACCAACAUUUGCUGAAGGUAUACCAUGUCAUGAUGCUAAAUGUAAUGGAUGCUUUUAAAAACCUAUCCUUGGAGUUUAAUUUGUUUGUAAAUAAUGUACAAAUUUUAGUUUAUGUAAAUUAAUUUAAUUAUUUUUUAUAGGUUAAAAUUGUUUCUUUACUAGAACACAAUCAGAAUUAAAUGGACCAAGGCAUAAAGCUGAUCAUCGUUUUGAACCUAUCUAUGAAGUUUAAAACUAUCAGAAAAAAACAUAUAAAUGUUAAGGUUGUGAAUUAGAUAAAUCUGGAAGUGUUUACAAAUGUGAAAAUUGUUUUGGUUUCUAUUUCUGUGAAGAAUGUUAUGCACUUAAAAAAGAUGAUUGGAAAUGUUAUGUAGCUACCAGCCAUAAAAAUUAUCACACAUUUAUCAAGAUAUGA